UAUAUGCUUCCUCAAGGCAACAUAAUUAGAAAACACUCUAUAAAUUUCCAUUGUUAUGCUGACGAUACGCAAUUAUAUCUAUCUAUGAAACCAGAUGAAACUGAUCAGCUAUCUAGACUUCAAACAUGUCUUAAGGAUGUAAAAGCCUGGAUGAGCUGUAAUUUCCUGAUGUUGAAUUCAGACAAAACUGAAGUUAUUGUUCUUGGCCCCAAACACCUCAGAAGCUCCUUUUCCAACAACAUAAUUUCUCUAGAUGGCAUUACCUUGGCCUCUAGCACUACUGUACGGAACUUCGGCGUUUUAUUUGAUCAAGAUUUAUCUUUUGUCUCCCACAUAAAACAAACUUCAAGGACGGCUUUCUUUCACUUGCGUAACAUCGUAAAAAUUAGUCAUAUCCUGUCCCAAACAAAUGCUGAAAAAUUAGUACAUGCAUUUGUCACCUCUAGGCUGGAUUACUGUUACUCCCUAUUAUUUGGUUGCCCCAACAAAUCUCUUAGGUCUCUCCAACUGGUGCAGAACGCCGAUGCUCGUGUUUUAACGGGAAGCAAUAAAAGGGACCAUAUUUCUUCUGUUUUAGCUUCUCUGCACUGGCUCCCUGUGAAAUCCAGGAGUGAAUUUAAAAUCCUCCUCCUUACUUACAAAGCUCUAAAUGGUCAGGCUCCAUCCUAUCUGUCACAGCUCAUAGUUCCUUACCAACCCUCAAGAUCAUUGCGCUCCGAAAAUGCAGGGUUACUUGUGGUUCCCAAAGUUUCCAAAAGUAGGAUAGGAACCAGAGCCUUCAGCUACCACGCUCCUCUCCUAUGGAACCAUCUUCCAGUUUCGGUCAGGGAGGCAGACACCGUUUCAACUUUUAAGGGUAGACUUAAGACCUUCCUCUUUGAUAAAGCUUAUAAUUAG